AUGUUAGAAAAGAAGGAGUCUGGGACCAUGUUGUCCGCAGAUACCUCACUGCUGGUGAGAUCGAUGGCUGCAAAGGCCAAGGUUGCAACCUUCAUCGACUCGUUCCGUCGUGCAGAAGUGCCCCCAGUUCUGGAUAUAGAAGCUAACAGCGGCGGACCUCCCAUCGUACCAUCUCUCCCCUUGGAAAACAGUUUGAAGGACAGACAUGUGCAGAUGAUUGCCAUUGCCGGCUGUGUUGGUACCGGGCUCUUCAUCUCGCUAGGAACCGCGUUGGCUCAAGCUGGACCUGCUGGUCUCAUCAUAUCUUAUGGUGUCGUUUCUGUGCUUCUCUAUUUCAUCGUCCAAUCUCUUGGUCAACUCUCCUCCACAUUCCCAACCCAGGGAAACUUCCUUGCCUACAACACAAGGUUCCUAGACGAGUCAUGGGGCUUUGCCAUGAACUGGAACUACUGCUUGCAAUGGAUGGUGACGUUGCCCCUCUCGUUGGUCAGUGCCUCCUUGACGAUCGAGUACUGGGGGUCCGAGAUCAACACCGUGGUCUGGGUCGCCAUCUUCUACGUCUUCAUCUGUGGGAUCAACAUCUUUGGUGUCAAGGGAUAUGGAGAAGGUGAGUUCAUCUUCUCUCUCAUCAAGGUGGUUGCCAUCGUGGGAUUUUGUAUCCUUGCUGUCAUUCUCAUCUGUGGAGGCAGUCCCAACCAUAUGGGAUACAUUGGGGCCCGUUAUUGGCACCAUCCGGGCGCCUUUGCCACCGGAUUCAAGGGGGUCUGCUCCGUCUUUGUCAACGCUGCAUUUUCAUUUGCUGGCACGGAACUCUGUGCCUUGGCAGCCGCCAACGCUGAAAACCCCAAGACUGCCAUGCCCAAGGCUGUCAAGCAAGUCUUUUGGAGAAUCUUGAUCUUUUAUCUUCUCUCCACCAUCUUGAUUUGUUUCUUGGUCCCUUCCAACAGUCCAGACUUGUUCACUGGCUCUGCAUCAUCCACCUCUCCCUUUGUGAUUGCCAUCAAAUCCUCAGGUAUCAGGGUCCUCCCCUCCAUCUUCAACGUGGUCAUUUUGAUUUCUGUGCUCUCAGUGGCCAACGCCUCAGUCUUUGCCACCUCACGUCCGUUGGUUGCCCUUGCGGAAGCAGGCCAUGGACCCAAGAUCCUCUUGUACAUCGACAGAAAGGGAAGACCCAUGGCUGCCUUAUUAUUCACAUUUGCCUUUGGUUUGAUCAGUUUCGUCUCUGCAUCUUCCAAACAGGCAGAAGUAUUCAAUUGGUUAUUGGCCAUUUCAGGAUUGGCGGCUAUCUUCACAUGGUUAUCCAUUUCUUUGGCCCAACUCAGAGUCAGUCAUGCUUGCAAAGUGCAAGGUGUUUCCAAAGAGGAGUUCCCCUUCUUGGCCACUGGAGGUGAUUAUGGGGCUUGGUUCCUGAUCAUUAUCAACGUUUUGAUUCUUAUUGCCCAAUUCUACGUGGGGUUGUACCCGGUGGGCGGUCCAGAUUUGAACAUUAAAGUUUUCUUACAGGUGUAUCUUUGCGCCCCCGUGGUGCUUGUGUUUUAUGUUGGCCACAAGCUCUACACACGGAAUUGGAAGUUGUACAUCAGGGCAGAAGAUAUGGACAUCACCACUGGACGCAGAGUGGUUGACCUUGAUGUUCUCCUCCAGGAAAGAGAAGAGGAAAGAAGAGAAUGGGCAGAAAGACCAUGGUAUUAUAGAUUGUACAACACCUGGUGUUGA